CUUAUCGUCUGGUAUGAGGUCAUACUUGUCUAAGUUGAUGGUUUCGAUAUAAAUAGUUGUUACUCGGCCCUCUACCUCGAGCAAAGGUUAAUAUUGUCUGGAGCUUUCCCGAACCCCUUAAAACCAUUUCUCAAUCAUAUAAAGUAUAGCGUACAUAUAGCUCAAACGAAUCCGAAAUGUCCGAACAGUCUCACCAGCCUGAUCAGUCCACAAAUACAUCAUCCCAACGCCGCAGAUCUUCACUCCCAGAAAACCUUCAAAAACUCCUAGAUAAAGAAGAGCAGUAUUGGGAUUCCUAUGGCGACUUUGAAAAUUCAUGGACUACUACACGGAGGAAUAAUGAUCCACCGAUGGUGGUAGGAGAUAUGGCAGGGAAGCAGGCUCAGGAGGGUCAAGUGGGACAUGAAAAGCUGGAAAAGGUAAAGGGAGAUUAAGCAUACGUUAUUUGAUAUAGUGUGUUAUCGAGGCAUAG